UUCUUAUCAUGAACACAUUUUUGUUGACGUUGUUAGAUUUCUCAGCUAUUUUCAUAUCAAUAUCUAGGAUUUUGAUUUUUUGCAAUACUUCAUUUCAUUGCCCUUUUCAACUAUCUCUUCCUGGUAGAGAUUAGCUGCCACCUGAUCUAUCUAGUUUCGUUUACUCUCAGUUUAUUGCUCCGCUUUUAUCUCAUGACUGUCAGUGGCUGUGAAGUAGGAUCAUCCAAUGAGGCAAAAAUGGAGGGGCCGAUAAAAUUGGAUUUCCAAAACAAUAAUGAACAAGAGGAGGUAUUGGAAGAACAAUGUGGAUGGAAAAAGUGUCCAGAUUUCAGUUCAGAUCCUAUUCAUGAUUCCAAGCGCACAGUUUUGAAAAAUUUGAAUGAAGAAGAAAGAGAUGGCCUGAAAAAAUUCCGAGAAUGGGUCGAUACACAAUCCCAUUUGAACCCCUUGAAGACUGAUUUUGAGCUUAUCAAGUUUCUCAUAAUUUCAAAGUAUGACCAGGAGAAAGCAAAGAAACGGUUCUUGAACUUUUAUAACAUGAGAGCAAAUGUACCUGAAUGGUUUUCCAACAGAGACCCGCUUCUUCCUGAGCUACAAGCUUUACUAGAUCUUGGGGUAUUCUUACCGUUGUUAAACAAAGAUUCCCUUGGACGUCAGGUCAUUCUCGUUCGGGCUGGUGGACAUGAUCCCAGAGUCCAUUCUCAAGAGAACAUUUUCAAACUUGGCUGUAUGAUGGUUGACUACAUUAGUGAAAGAGAUGAAUCCAUAGUAGAUCAUGGUGUUGUCUUGUUGGUUGAUCUUGAAGGAGUAAAUUAUCAGCAUGCUCUUCAUUUGACACCCUCAAUCGUCAAGAAAGCUGUUAAUUCAUGGCAGAGCUGUUACCCAAUCCGAAUCAAGCGUUUUGACCUAAUCAAGGUUGCAUUGGCUUACAACGUAGUUCUGAAUAUCUUUCGGAAGUUCAUGAAACAAAAAUUAAAGGAUAGGAUGCACACACAUGGAUACGAUAUGGAAUCUCUGCAUAAAGUUAUCUCUCCAGAGGCUCUUUUGGAUACUUAUGCUGGUACAGGAGGCACACUUGAAGAACAUACAAAAUACUGGAAAAAAACUAUCACUGAAGCAAGAGACUGGUUUUUGGAGAACGAAAAGUACAAACCUAAUUGCGUUCCUUCUAAAUAAAAUAUACUUUUAUAUUCCGCACGCACAUGAAGCACUGAAAUCUUUAGUGGUACUUAGUGUCUACAAAGAGAAAAUUUAUUUUUAUUUAUAUUUAAGUGUAUUUUAUAUUUAAAUAUUGCUUUAUCAUUUAUCACUGUGGUGGCUGUUAAUUUUCCGAUGAUCUGCAUUUAACUCUGUGAGUACACAGGAAUUUGAGUUACCUAAGCACUCUAUUUAUAACCCGUGAAUUUAAUAGAGAAAAGAGUUCCUGUUUGAUCUGCUUUGUUCCUGCUUUAUCAUCACAGUGCUUUGCCUGUCAGUAGUUAAACUGUGAUACAAUUGAAAUAUGUGAGAAUUUUCUCUGUAUGAAGUGGCCAUUCAUUCAGUGUGUGACAUAAAUUGAAGUCUUUUCAUAAGUAAAGCUGCCCAAUGUGAGUUCUAAGGAGGAUAUUAGUAGUCAAGCCAAAAGGCAAGAACUUUUUCAAAGGGCCUAGUUUGAAGUGAUAGUUAAUACUUAUUUGAAAAAUGAUUAAAAAUAUCCAUGGCUACAUUUUAGUACUAUUUACUAUGAGUAUUUUUGAAUUAAUUUAUUUUACUUUUCUCUGCAUUUUUAUUUAUAAUUUAUUCAUUUAUCAAUCCUAUCUUUGUCAAUCACGUGUGUUUAAAUUUGAAUUUUUCCGCAAAUUCUGGUGUUCACAAAACUUGUUUGAAUGUGUCUCGUCAUAAAUGAAGAAUCUAGAUUAGAAGUGGUCCCAUAGUUUUGUUAAAAAUUUACUCCAAUCUUUAUAAAAAAGUAUUGCAGAAAUUGAAAGAAAAAUUCAGAAUUCUCAUGUAAAAAUUCUCUGACCUAGCAACCAAAAACUUCAAUUCAUUGAUUUUAUGAAAGUUCAAAUUUUCUUACAUAAUCAACAAUUAAAAUUUGACUAUGACUGUAAUAUAUCUUGAGAGACCAAUGUUUCUAUUUUUUGACCGUUUUUGUUUUUAAAAUUUAUACUUAAUUCAUCUUUUGGUUAUUCUUUUCAACCUUUGGAGCUGUGACACUAAAAUUCUGUGAUUGAAAACGUGAAUGAAAGUUAAAAAUAUGAAUAUGUAAAAUGGCCAAAGCGUAUGAUGGGUAGAGUUGGUUUUAUGCAUUUAAUCCCAUUUGUAUUAAAUAUUUAUUUAUGUAAAAUAUUUUUUUAUGUAUGUUGUUGUUUAAGAGGACAUCACAGAUUUCUUUUCAUUCACUUCUUUACUAUGUUUAAAAGCAGCUCGUUUAAUCAAGAGUACAAUUAUAUUUUCUCUGAAACAGCCCUCUUUGUAACUCUCUAAACUUUGGACUACUGCCAAAAUAGUUUUACCUGUGGGGGUAAUCUUUUUAUGAUCUUGAAAAUCUCAUCUGUGAUAGUUAGGUGUACAAUUUAAUUUGCUCAGUCAUAAUUAAAAAAUGAAAUAAGACUUUCCAGUUUGUUUAAACGUAUUUAUCUUGAUAAAAAAUCUUUAAUUUUUUUUUAAAAUGAUUUAGCUCUCUGAGCAAGUACUAUUUUGAUUCCUGUAGCCUUGAGCUUGUUAAUGCACAUAUUCUCAUUUAUUGUAGAUCUAAAUUUUUGCCAACUUUCUACAUCCGUGUCAUCUUCCUCCUCUUCUUACGUCUAUGAAUUGUUAUUGCCGCCAAAAGUUUACAUAUCAUUUCCUGUAAGUUUACUCGAGUGCCUAUUAAACGUUUGACAUAACUUUCAAAGUA